CUGCCUGGACUCCCCGUUACUCUUCUUGGUUAGAGCUAUGUUUGAAACGCAGGACGUAACACGGUAGCUAGCUCACUAACUUAAUGCACACCUAGCAAUCUAGGUAAGAUUGGUGUCAUAACUGAACUGAAACGAGCUCAUUUUUGUUUGAAAUGGAAAAGAGUGGCAGCACCGACAGUGGUGAAUGUAAACCGUUUUCGUCCAGACAGCCGAGUGUGGACUCAAUAGCGAGUACUUCCACAUGUCCUUCUGACCGAUCUUCACACCUAAAGCCCCCAGUGACUCACUCCUCCGAUGCCUUAUCCACCUCCACGGAGGUCUCCCUGGAGCUCCAGGUAGGCACUUCAAUAACCACGCUCGGGAAUUGUCAUAAAUUGGCACAAGAGGAACCACAGUUAAUACCGAAGGAGUCAAUACAGGACAUUGCUAAAGAGGUCACCUACAUCUGUCCCUUUAGUGGUGCCAUUAGAGGAACUUUGUCUGUCACCAAUUACAGGUUAUUUUUCAAAUGCACAGACAGGGAUACGGCAUUUGCGCUGGAUCUUCCCCUGGGAGUGAUUAACCGGAUUGAGAAGAUUGGAGGGGUCUCAGGUCGCAGCGAGGUGUCCUAUGGGCUCGUCUGCAAGGACAUGCGGAAUCUUCGGUUUGCACACAAAGUGCAGGAAGGCUCUUUCAAGAAGUCCAUAUUUGAGGUUUUAAUGAAGUUUGCCUUUCCUCUCUCAUACGGCAUGGAAAUCUUUGCCUUUCAAUAUGGGCAGAUUUUCCCAGAGAGUGGGUGGAAGGUGUAUGACGCCCUCUCAGAGUACAAGAGACAGGGCUUGCCCAAUGAGAGCUGGAGAAUAACGAAGAUGAAUGAGCACUACGAGCUGUGUGACACCUACCCUGCUACCCUGGUGGUACCGGUCACCAUUCCUGAUGAAGAGCUGAAGAGGGUGGCAGCGUUCAGAGCCAAGGGCAGAAUUCCUGUCCUGUCCUGGAUUCACCCGGAGAGCCAGGCCACAGUGACACGCUGCAGUCAGCCCAUGGUGGGGGUCAACGGCAAGCGCAGCAAGGAUGAUGAGAAGUACCUGCAAGCCAUCAUGGACGCCAACGCCCAGUCGCACAAACUCUUCAUCUUCGACGCGCGUCCAAGCGUCAACGCCGCAGCAAACAAGAUGAAAGGGGGUGGCUACGAGAGCGAGGACGCCUAUCAGAACGCGGAGCUUGUGUUCCUGGACAUCCACAACAUCCAUGUGAUGCGGGAGUCCCUCCGCAAGCUGAAGGAGGUGGUGUACCCCAACAUUGAGGAGUCCCGCUGGCUGUCCAACCUGGAGUCCACCCACUGGCUAGAGCACAUCAAGCUGAUCCUGGCCGGGGCGCUGCGCAUCGCGGACAAGGUGGAGUCUGGGAGGACGUCGGUGGUGGUGCACUGCAGCGACGGCUGGGACCGCACCGCCCAGCUCACCUCUCUCUCCAUGCUGAUGCUGGACGCCCACUACCGUACCCUCCGCGGCUUCCAGGAGCUGGUGGAGAAGGAGUGGCUGAGUUUUGGCCACCGCUUCCAGCUGAGAGUAGGGCAUGGAGACAGGAACCACUCGGAUGCAGACCGCUCACCUGUCUUCCUGCAGUUCAUUGACUGCGUUUGGCAGAUGACCCGACAGUUCCCCUCAGCGUUUGAGUUCAAUGAGUACUUCCUGAUCACCAUUCUGGAUCACCUCUAUAGCUGCCUUUUUGGGACCUUCCUGGGUAACAGUGAACAGCAGCGUGUGAAGGAAGAGCUGCCGGAGAGGACAGUCUCGCUGUGGUCUUACAUCAACAGCCAGCUGGAGGAGUUCACCAACCCCCUGUACGUCAACUACUCCAAUCAUGUGCUGUUCCCUGUGGUUAGCAUGCGCCACCUAGAGCUGUGGGUGGGGUACUACGUUCGAUGGAAUCCUCGAAUGAGACCACAAGAGCCUAUACACCAACGGUACAAAGAGCUGCUGGCCAAGCGGGCGGAGCUACAGAACAGGGUGGAGGAGCUUCAGCGUGAGGUGGCCAAUCGCUCAGGCCCGUCCUCUGAGAAGGCGGGGUCUCCCACCGUUGCGCCUGUGCAGACCUGA